AUGGCUGCAGGUUAUACAAGACCACAAUCAUACUCUCCGAUUCGCGAUGAUGAUGAUGAUGCACUCAAUUUAGAAUUGGGAAAUGGUUCGCGUACUGGUACUGGAAACGAUAAUGGUAUUAAAAAACUUCACGGACAAGUUCAAGAAGUUGUUGGUGUUAUGAAAAAGAAUAUCGAUAAAUUGCUUGAUCGUGAUGUUGCAUUGAAUAAUUUAAUGACAAGAGCUGAUGAACUUCAUACAACGGCUGAUACAUAUAAUCAGACAACAAAACAAUUAUCGCGAAAAAUGUGGUGGAAAAAUGCUAAAACAAAUAUAUGUAUUGGUUCAACGGUAGCCAUUGUAAUUAUUAUCAUAAUCGGUAGUAAGCAUUGUUUUACAUAG